AUGUUUCAAAAAUUCUUCAGCUCCUCGCUAGGAGUAUCUGCACUAUGGCUGUCUUCAGCAGUGUUGAAUGCCUGCGGCACUAUGGCUGCAGCAACUCCGUACACGGUCUAUCGUGGAACAUUUAUUCAGCUUCCCGAGCUUGAUUCGGCCAACUCGACACCGCAGCUCGCUAGAACCCAAGGAGUCCUGUGGGUCUCUUCCAGCGAUGGCCGCAUCAAGGGCUAUGAUUGGAAGGUCAAUGAUGAUGCCAGCUUCCAAUCGUGGCUGUCUAGCCAGGGCUGGACCGAAUCCGAUGUCACCGUUGUGAAAUCCGACGAUGAGCGGAACCAGUUCUUUUUCCCUGGGUUCAUCGAUACCCACAUUCAUGCGCCGCAGUAUCCCAAUGAGGGUCUCUUUGGCUCCAGUGGUCUUCUGGACUGGCUGAAUGAAUAUACUUUCCCAAUGGAAGCUAGACACACCCCCGAGGGCCUACGUGUCUACAACGAAGUUGUGCUUAAGACUCUUGCCCACGGCACAACAACCGCAUCCUACUUUGCUACUAUCCACGUCCCAGCUACCAAUGCCCUCGCUGCUCUCUGCCACAAGCACGGCCAGCGUGCCUUCAUUGGCCGUGUCUGCAUGGACAACAAGGAGCAAUGCCCAUCUUACUACGUUGAUUCAUCUGCCGAUGAAGGAUUCAACGCGACUAAGAGGACCAUCGAUUACAUCCAGACCCUUGACCCCAACGGAACUUUGAUCAACCCCAUUGUCACCCCCCGAUUUGCUCCUAGCUGCUCCAACCACUCUCUUACGGGUCUUGGUGAGCUUGCCGCGUCCUAUAGCCCGCCUCUACGUAUCCAAACGCAUAUCUCCGAGAACAACGACGAGGUUGCUCUUGUCCAGCAGUUGUUCCCGGAUUCCACCAGCUAUGCUAAUGUCUAUGAUACUCAUGGCCUGCUUACCAACCGUACCAUCCUGGCCCACGCUGUCCACCUCACAAAGGAUGAGAUGACCCUUAUCAGCGAGCGUGGCUCUAAGGUUGCUCACUGCCCUGCAUCAAACUCUGCCCUGGGCUCUGGUCUUGCCCCUGUUCGCUUCAUGCUCGACCAGGGUGUCACCGUUGGCCUGGGCACGGAUGUUGCCGGUGGAUACAGCCCCAGUAUCCUCGAAGUCGCCCGACAGGCCAGUCUGGUGUCUCGCGUUGUUCAGUAUAGCGCCGAGUACCAGGCACUGACAGGAAACAAGACCUCCGAUGGAAGUGAGAAGCUUCUCGUGGAUGAGGUUCUCUACCUGGCUACCCGCGGUGGCGCAGCGGUCGUCGACAUGCCAACUGACAUUGGCGGCUUCGACAAGGGAAUGAUCUGGGAUGCGCAGCUGAUUGAGCUGGGUGCUGUCACAAACAGUACAACCAGUCCCCUUGAUGUCGCUACUCUCGCUGGCCGAGCUGUUGAGACUGGCCCUGUGGGCAAUGUUGAUAUUUUUGGAAACGAGACCUGGCAGGAGCAGGUCCAGAAGUGGAUGUGGGAUGGCGACGACCGGAACGUCAAGAACGUGUGGGUUCAGGGGAAGCUGGUCCAUACCAGAGCCUAG